GAGCGGUGCCUUGGGUGAAAGAGCAGGGGUCUGGGGGGGUGCUCCGAUCUGGUUCCGGUCUCUCCGUGUGUCCCUGUGGGUCUGUGUCCCCUGUCCGUACGUACUGCCCAGCCAGGAGGGCAUGGCCCGCGGUUUCCCGGGAGUUGUCCCAUUCCAGCAACGGAGUUCAUCCUUCAGACUCCUCAUGAGCAGAGGAAGGUUCAGUGAUCGUGGUGCCCAUGACCCCCAGGUGUCCUUGGGAAUGAAGGCCAUUGGGGUUAUCCUGGUCUUUGCCUCCUGCCUGACGGCCCCUGCCUACGGCAACUUCUGGCAGUUUCGGAGGAUGGUCAAACACGUCACGGGCCGCAGCGCCUUCUUCUCAUAUUACGGGUAUGGCUGCUACUGUGGCCUUGGGGGCAAAGGGACCCCAGUGGAUGCCACUGACAGAUGCUGCCUGGCACACGACUGUUGCUAUGAGCAGCUGAAGCAGUUUGGCUGCCAGCCGGUGCUAAACAGCUACCAGUUCCACAUCGACAACGGGACCGUGGCCUGUACAUGUAUCCCCGGUCCCGGUGUCAGCUGCCUCUGUGGGCUGCGGGCAUGCAAGUGUGAUAAGCAGUCCGCGUACUGCUUCAGAGAGAGCCUGCCCACCUACGAGAAAAACUUCAAGCAGUUCUUCUCCACCCGGCCGCGCUGUGGGAGGCGUAAACUCCAGUGCUAGGCAGCCACAGGCCCCUUGCCGGAGACAGAACAUGAGAACAUCCACAUUCACUGCCACUUGGACGGCAUGGCCAGGGAGACACUCAAGAGUUGGAGAAAGAGGGCCCGGAAGAAGGCAUCAGAGGUCCCCGAAAUUUCCAUCCAAAUUCAGAAGGCCCCAGAGGUAUCAGGCUUCGAUGCUAAUGAAUACCAAGAUGACCUGACCUGGGCGGGUUCUGUUCUUUCUCAUGCCCACGCGGUGUGGUGGAUCGCAAAGUCGGCCACACCAUUGUCCUUCCCUCUCUGUACCCUUGCCUUUCCUGAAGAAAUGCUCGGCUUUUCCCAUCAAGAAGUAGAGUCUGCUUUUCCCAGUGGUUGAAUCUGAACUCCGCGCUGACCGUGUAAAUUACUUCGGUCAAUAGAAUGUAGUGGAACGGACGAAUGGCUUGCUAGUUCCUGAGCCUAGGCCUCAGGGGGUCAAGUCUCAGGACACCGGGCUCCCCUGAGGAGAAGCCUGGGCUGGCCCAUGUGCAGAGAGGGGCCAGCAUCUGACCGUCCAGCUGUCUCAGCUCGGACCUCAGGCAUGUAAAAGCGCUCAGCAAAGGUCAGCAGCGCCAACUCAUGGCGAGAGAAGCUAACUGGAGCCACGGCAAGCGUCCUGCUGACUCCAGGCUAAGUGGCUGAUCGCAGAAUU